AAGAAAGUUACGACACAAGUCAGUUUCAGAAGACCUUGCUGUGAUUACAACAAUUCAGAUUAAACACAUUGGUGUACUUUCCAUUGAGAAGACGCCAAUUUCGCAGACACAGUAAUGAACACUGCCAAAGUCAUGCCAGUAGACCUGGCCAUGCAUACCAGCCUGAAUCGUCAUCCUCCCGUACAACACCUUUUGGGAAUGUCCACACAUAGAUCUCAUUAUGACUUUCCGAGAAUGAGCACAUGUGACACCUUGGAGCUCAGAGCUCUGAGAUCUCCCCAGGCUCCGGUCUCACUUGUGAGUGCCCAACGCUGUAAAAGUCCAAGUGGAAUAUUCAAGAAGAAAAAACGAGUAGUAUUCGCAGAUGCUAAAGGCCUGGCCCUUUGUGCAGUGUGGAUCUUCAAUUCAGAUCCCCCAAUAUCUGAAACAGAUGAGGUUCAACAUUCUCCACCUGUCAGGCUGAAGGCUGAGUCUUCUGUGCAAAAAGAGAAGCCUUGUCUCCGGUCGAGGUUCAAAAGCGUUUCUGAACCCCAGGUUCAUCUGGAGAGCUGCAGUUUGAUCUGUGGAUCGGUAUUCGGAAAGGUCAGGGUGUGCAACACCAGUCCCAAAAAAGCUGUGUAUGUUCACAUCACAUAUGAUUCAUGGAGGAGCCACCAGGACAUCCCGUGUACCCCUAUCCAACAGGAGUAUGAGGGCUCAGAGACAGAACUGUUCGUCUUCAACUUUCCCGUCGUUUCUGGCCCUAAUGUACAGGAUCAUCUGGAGUUCUGCGUGUCCUUUCGUCCUGGAACUGACAACACUAUUCUGUGGGACACUAAUGGUGGACAAAACUAUCGAAUUCUUGUGAAGGACUUGAAUUCAGAAGAUGUGCACUUGGUUAAGAAAAAAACCAUGAUGCCCCAGAACUCUCAAAGUCCGCAGUCACUGAGAAAUGGUCCAGCUUUGUACACUUCCUUUGAGAAUAAUACAAGUAAAACAUUGAGGAGGCAAGAAAAUGGUAUUCAGAAAAGGGUUUUUCCUCCUAAUUCCAAAAGUGCCUACAAAUUAAUCCCGUAUGGGUAGUGCAGGGUUUGUUUUUUUUUUUUUUUUUCAUACUGGUCUGAUCUAAGACUUUUGGCCAUGUUUGUUCUUGUUCUCGCCCCUCAGUUAUGCCUUUGUGAGUCAUGUGUAAGUCAGGUGUGGGGUGGCGAGACAGGAGUGUAUGUCUCAGAUAAGCCUGUACACCAGAUGAGUAUUGAUUACAAUUAAAAGCAUCAGCACUUUAUUUAAGUCAGCCUAUUUCAAACUGUGAAUGUCUUGUAAUUUUAAUUCCUGUGAAGCAAUUGUACUGAGAAAAAUGCAGCUGCAGCUAUGAAAUGAUUUGUGUAAUAUAUGUAUUAUUAUUAUUAUUAUUAUUAUUAUUUAAAUGUUCUGUGUGUAUAUUUAAUAAUGUUUAAAAUGUUGAAUAAACAUAUUCAGAUACAA